AUGGAGACCGUGCCCAACGCCAGCACUAGUUUCAUCCUCCUUGGCCUUCAGGAGAUGGAACAUUAUAAAUAUCUAUACUGCGCUUUUCUCCUCGUGACCUACCUUCUCAUUCUGAGUUUUAGUUUGUUCAUCGUCUUUGUGGUGUUUGUCAAUGAAAGCCUCCAUUGCCCCAUGUACACGCUCAUAGCCAACCUCAUGCUAACUGGCAUAUUUGGGGUCUCGUGCUUCCUCCCCAAGUUAAUACUGGACUUGUUCUUCUCAUCCAAAGUGAUCUCAAGAGCCGCCUGUCUCAUCCAGUCCUUCUGCGUCACUCUUUUCGCCUACUGUGAGAUCUCCACGUUCACCAUUAUGGCGUACGACACUUAUUUAGCCGUAUGCCACCCAUUACGUUAUGCCGCCAUAAUGACCAAUAGGACGGCUCUGAGACUCAUCGCAGGAUCCCUGAUCUUCAGCCUCGUCAUUGUUGCCCUCUUACUUUUCCUUUCUGCAAGAUUGCCUCUGUGUGGGUCUCACAUUAACAAUUUCUUUUGCGAUUACAUGUCUAUAUUUAUUCUGUCUUGUGUUAGUAACCCCUUAACCAAGUUGUACGGCACCAUUGUAUUUACAGCCUACCUAACUGGCACCAUGAUGACUAUAGCCUAUUCCUACCUGAGGAUACUCCUCGUCUGCCUCAAGGUCUCCAGAAAUGCCGGUAAGAAAGCCAUUCACACCCUGGUCACCCACGUCCUCAAUUUUUCCAUUUUCCUCAUAGGAACCUUGUUUAUAUUUAUCCGGUACAGACUGGAGAACAUUAACCUUCCUCUUGUUUUCCACAUUUUGCUCUCCAUAGCUGGCUUGGUCUUUCCUCCACUCUUGAACCCUCUCAUAUACGGGAUAAGAACAAAAGCACUGAGAGUGAGAGUGAUUUCUCACCUGCAAAAAACAAUUGUAAAGAUAUUGAUUGGCUGAAUGUUCCUUGUCCUCAACCUGAUCCCUUGGGUGGUGGAGACAAUAAAAAAUGUGACCAUG